AUGGCGUCGUUUAAUAUGAGGCAGUUGGAAGAUCGGGCCCGGGAUGUCGAUCCGGAUCUUCGGUACAUGGCCCUAGAAGAUUUCCAAAAACGCUUGAAUAACCCGCAAGCCCAGCCGCUGCGCAAUGUGGCAUUUUUUGUCCCGAUUUUGUUCAGUUUGCUCGGUGACUCGGCCACCGAAGUUCAAAACCAGGCCGUGAAAUCGUUCGCUCCUCUUGUGCGCCAUUCCACCGAUAAAGAAACUACACAAAUCGUGUCAAACCUCUAUAGCGAGGUGGAAAAAACAUCCAACGAUUCGAAAUUCUCGACUUCCGUUCCCACACUUGCCUUGCGCAGUAUACUCAGCGAGUCUCACGCGCUUUUCAAUCCCAAGCUUUCACGCGACUUGUUUGAAAUGCUUCUUCCUCGUAUUUUUGCGCCUGAUAGUGUCAUGACCAUUGACAAAAUCGAAAUCUUGAUUGAUAUGAUCAAGGCCUUGGGUUCGGCGCUCCGUUUGGCCGAGUUGCUGUCGAUCAUAAGCUCGCUCAUUUCCGGUGCCUUCGUAGAGAAGGGAAUCAUCGGAAAAAGAUCCAUUAUUGCUGUUGAUGCAUGUCUCUGCUAUGUAAAGUCUGCAUCACUCAAUCAGGCACAGCAGACCCAGUUCUAUGACAAGGUAGUGCUGGAUGUUGUCGCUGAAUCAGCACGACAUGUAAUUUCUCUGCAUUCCACGGACGUGUUCUAUACGCUUUUCCAGGUGAUUCUUGCACAGGCAAGUAAUUGUCGUGCAGUAUCCGACUCUUCAAUUCAGGUGAUUUUCCACGAGGUCUUGCAGGGCUUGCGACUAGACCAAGUAGGUGAGACUGUGGACGCUGAGGACUUGGAUAUCGACGAGCUAAUUCAAAUAAACCUUCUCCGUGAGAACGCUUUGAUUACUUUGGCCGGACUCGUGCCUUGCUUUUCCAUUGAUACUUUCACGCAUACAUAUGCCUCACAAGUUUUUGAAAUCUUGGACAGGUUCAUGGUUUAUGAUCCCUUGCUCUACGAAGACUCCGACGAAGAGGCCUUUUCGGGAGAAGACUCUGAACUUGACUUUUCUGAUGACGAGGAUAUUGAGCAGUUUGAAAAUACUGGUGAAAAUGAUGCGCUUGCAGCAAAAUUGAGGUUGCUGGCGCUUGUCGUUCUGAAAAAAUUGCUCCAACACAAUCCCGAAAUUGCUUCGAUGUUUUUGGCAGGGCCUCUUACUGAAAAACUUAUAGCCAAUCUUGCUGACCGGUCCGAAAUAGUGUCUAGCGAGGCAAUCGUCGCAUUGGUGGUGCUUAUACGUUUGUCUGUCGAUACCAAACGCACAGUAAGAUCGAGGUCCAAUUCUGACACCAGCAUGGCCACUGAGAGUGCUGACCACAUCCCCUUCUCUGUUCUUGCAAGAGAGUAUAUUGAACCUAUCGAGCAAAAAAUAUUUGCUUCACUUUUAACCGCAAAAAACAUUCUGAGGUUUUCAAACUCGAAAAUUCUAAUUGAGUCCCUCAUUUUAGGAUUUUCACACGAACUUUCCGAGGAUUUCUUGAUCAAAUUGGCUGAUUCGCUCCUUACUUUCAAACUCUCGUUGAAAACAUUCCCCGAAGUUGUGAAGACGUAUAAAGCGUUGUUUUCAGUUUACGAUUUUGAAGAUUUGCCAGAGAAAAUGGUGGACUAUAUCUCAGAAGACUUGGGUGAAGCUUUGCUUGCCCCUUCGAACUACCAUAGCGUUAUCUUGGAUGUUCUUGUGGUAUGUGAGGCUUUGUACAAAAAGGUCGCACACAUUCCAAAAUACAACGUUUUAAUGAACACCAAGUUUUUUCCUGCCAUUGCUGACAAUCUCACGAAUAAAGAGUACUCGAGCGAUAUAAGGCAAUAUUUGCUUGAUACUUUUUCCGAGCUUAUCAUCCACGUUAACUUGAGCCCCGAAAACCAAAAACAGUCCAAUAUUAUUUUUCAGCAGAGCUUGGAUUAUGAGGUUACUGUUAAUUUCACCAUCGAAACUAUGGUCAAGGUGUGUGAGCAAAAGCCUGAAAUUUUCAGUUAUUCAGAGCUCUGCCUCGCAUCACUUGAGAAACUUACAGCUUAUUUGGGGUCCAGUAAUGCCUCGUUAUACAUUUCGGCUUUAACGCUUUUAAACGCGAUUUUCGAGAAUACAUCAUUUGUUGCCCCUGCUGAUGAUAUCAGCGCAUUGAAAGACGUUCUUUUCGUGUUGAUGAAUUCCUCUGUUGAUCUCAACCUAAUUGGUAAAAGUUUCAUGCUACUUGGUCAUAUUUUGACCAGGACUCCGGCUGAUGGAAAUUUCCUUCUGCUGCUCUUCACUCUGGUGAUCAACACAAAAUUUGUCGAUGUUGAAGAUGCAAAUAUGAAACCGCUUGAAUUUUUGAUCACUCAAAUAUCCAAGCAUAACUUUGUGGGCAGUGAAAAGCUUUAUGAUUUUGGUAUGAAUCUACUUUGUUUAAAAAACUUUAUCAGCGCUAAAGUCAUGGCCUUGAUAUGCACAAAUUGUCGGUUGUCAGAAAAGGUGUACGAAAUUGAGAAAGAGCUUACUUCAUAUAUUCACAAUUUCGAACUUCAGGUGGAUGCCAGCCGAAUUGUAUUUGAUAUACAAUUCUUAGGGUAUAUUUCCACAGUAGAAUCGUUGAAAAAGUUUACAUUUCAAGAGUUUUUGGAGAUCCCAAAGAGGGACACAAAAGAUCACAUAUGUUUGGCCGCUGCAAGAGCAAUGGGCUUGAGCAUUGUUCGUAAUCUUAACACACAUCUUCCGAUUCUUUUGAGCUGCUACCAAAAGGCGAGCUCUGAAGAUGACCCAAACAGGUCUCUUUAUUUGGUGGCAUUAAAGCAGCUAUUGAAAGAAGGAUCGUGGGUCGAUGGAGUUGAUGCGCUUAGAAACAUAUGGGAUAGUCUCAUCAAAGUCAUUGUCUCGAAGAGAGGUGAGCUUUCGCAUAAAGAAGUGCUGGAACUAAAAUUGGCGGGUGAUGUUCUCAGCUCCAUCACUGAGUUAGAUCGAGAUGGCAACUAUCAGCACAAGAUUUUGACGAUUGUCGAGAGUCUUGAUUCUAGUGCAAGGGAAGAACACAUCAUCUAUACUGUGGUGGUGAUCAUGAAACGGCUUGUGGGAAAAUCUACUGAUGAUUUUGAGGUUCACAUAAUCGAAAAAACGAUGGAGUAUCUUGCCAUCAGUAAUCUAGAGUUGAAACUGGCUAUUGUCAGCACCUUACUCACUGGAAUUUACAAUAAAUCGCUGUCGUUUUCUUCGAUUUUGAAUUCUGUGAUUCUACCUGCGAUCUACGAAGAACUCACUGCUAAAGUUGAAUUUAGGAAGACUAUUCCGAUGGGUCCUUACAAGUAUGUGGUUGAUGAGGGACUUGAAGUGCGAAAAUUGAGCUACGAGCUUAUCAGUGCAAUCAUCAAUCUCAAUAGCAGCAAGGCACAAAAGGUACCUUUUAUGGUUGAUGAGGUGAAAGUUUUUGAAGUCUUACUGGAUAAAGGCUUAAAGGAUCAAGAAAAUGAGAUCAUAAACUUGACUGUAUACAACUUGAUGCAGCUCAUCCAAAUGAACGAAAGUGUGCUAAGCAAGAUAAGCAACCAGCAGGAAUUGAUUUUUAGCUUCGAAAGAUGCUGA